AUGGGAGGGGUGCCUGUGCUGGAAGGGAGUGAAUCAAGUGGUCAGGAUGGGGAGGGUGUGUCUGUGCUGGAGGGGAAUGAAUCAAGUGGUCAGGAUGGGGAGGGUGUGUCUGUGCUGGAGGAUAAUGAAUCAAGUGGUCAGGAUGGGGAGGGGGUGUCUGUGCUGGAGGGGAAUGAAUCAAGUGGUCAGGAUGGGGAGGGUGUGUCUGUGCUGGACGCGAAUGAAUCAAGUGGUCAGGAUGGGAGGGUGUGUCUGUGCUGGAGGGAUGAAUCAAGUGGUCAGGAUGGGGAGGGGGUGUCUGUGCUGGAGGAUAAUGAAUCAAGUGGUCAGGAUGGGGAGGGUGUGUCUGUGCUGGAGGGGAAUGAAUCAAGUGGUCAGGAUGGGGAGGGUGUGUCUGUGCUGGAGGGGAAUGAAUCAAGUGGUCAGGAUGGGGAGGGUGUGUCUGUGCUGGAGGGGAAUGAAUCAAGUGGUCAGGAUGGGGAGGGUGUGUCUGUGCUGGAGGGGAAUGAAUCAAGUGGUCAGGAUGGGGAGGGGGUGUCUGUGCUGGAGGGGAAUGAAUCAAGUGGUCAGGAUGGGGAGGGUGUGUCUGUGCUGGAGGGGAAUGAAUCAAGUGGUCAGGAUGGGGAGGGUGUGUCUGUGCUGGAGGAUAAUGAAUCAAGUGGUCAGGAUGGGGAGGGUGUGUCUGUGCUGGAGGAUAAUGAAUCAAGUGGUCAGGAUGGGGAGGGUGUGUCUGUGCUGGAGGAUAAUGAAUCAAGUGGUCAGGAUGGGGAGGGUGUGUCUGUGCUGGAGGGGAAUGAAUCAAGUGGUCAGGAUGGGGAGGGUGUGUCUGUGCUGGAGGAUAAUGAAUCAAGUGGUCAGGAUGGGGAGGGUGUGUCUGUGCUGGAGGAUAAUGAAUCAAGUGGUCAGGAUGGGGAGGGUGUGUCUGUGCUGGAGGAUAAUGAAUCAAGUGGUCAGGAUGGGGAGGGGGUGUCUGUGCUGGAGGAUAAUGAAUCAAGUGGUCAGGAUGGGGAGGGAGUGACUGUUCUGGAGGAUAAUGAAACAAGUGGUCAGGAUGGGAGUGGUCAGGAUGGGGAGGGUGUGUCUGUGCUGGAGGGGAAUGAAUCAAGUGGUCAGGAUGGGGAGGGUGUGUCUGUGCUGGAGGAUAAUGAAUCAAGUGGUCAGGAUGGGGAGGGUGUGUCUGUGCUGGAGGAUAAUGAAUCAAGUGGUCAGAAUGGGGAGGGUGUGUCUGUGCUGGAGGGGAAUGAAUCAAGUGGUCAGGAUGGGGAGGGUGUGUCUGUGCUGAAAGGGAAUGUACCAAGUGGCCAGAAUGGGGAGGGUGUGUUUGUGCUGGAGGGGAAUGUACCACGUGGUCAGUAUGGGUAG